UGACUUGUGAUUUGCGUUUUACUGAAGUCAUGUUAUAUUUUACUGCCUUUGGAAGAGGCGGGGUGGAGGUGGGAAGGGGACAUCCCGCCACCCUAUUUCCCGGCUGCCCUCAGGGACGCAGUCAGUGCCAGUGAUUGGAUUUCCAUAUCUGAGUCUCCCUGUGCGUCUGCCUCUGUGUGCGCUUUCCUUCGGGUGGUGGUUUACCCUUUGCCUUUCCUCUUGUUCGCAGGCGAGCGAGCAGGGCGUGGUGUGAUUGGCUGCAGACUGCACAGAUCAGCCCCAGCGCCGAGUCUCGCACUCACUCGCACACGCACACCCCACAAAAAACUUCACCCGCGCUGAGCCUGCACCAGUCCAGGAGAGGAGUGAGCAUCGGGAGCAGCACCUUCGCCUCUCGUCAAGAAACAACCUGCUCAGCAGGGGGAAUAAACGCCAUCAGUGCCAGCGCCGGGGAGAACGGGCGGUUUAUUUCCUCCGCCCCACUUUUUAUCUUUUCUUCUUAUUUUCUUUUUUCCCUUCUUUAUUUUGCCCCCCAGAAAGAGGAAAGCCCGCCUGUGUUUCUUUAGCACAGCCUGCUAAAUCUGCACGUCUUGCUGCCGGAGUCUCUCCUGGCCGAAGCAAGCUGCGCUGGGGUCCCUGGCCUAUUCCUGCCUGCUGGCCAGGACUCGGGGGACGCCGGAGCCUACCUGGCGAGCUCGGAGGGGCAGGAUGGAGGCGUCUAUCCGCUGGGUGCUGUGCCUGUGCCUGGGCUGGGGCUGCCUGUGCCUGGCUCUAGGGGAUGCGCUGAAGGAUCGCUGGGUCGGGCUGCGGCGGCGCACAACCCUGGGAGCUGUGCGGCGCGGACGGGCCAGAGCCGCUGCAGGUGACUGUGGCCCACGGCAUGCAGAGGAGCAGCUGCAGCCGCGGGACAAGGUCUCGGAGCACAUGCUGAGGCUCUACGACCAGUACAGCGCAGGACGAGCGGUGGAGCAGCCCCAGGACUUGCUGGGUCUGCCCCUCCGCCACGGCAACACGGUGCGAGGCUUCCGCCCUCUGCCCGCAGGGAGCCCUGAAAGCCAGAAGAUGUAUGUUUUUAACUUGACAUCCCUCAAAGAGUCUGAAAAUGUCUUGUCAGCUUCAGUAUAUUAUUAUACUGGUGAUUUGCUGCAUGUGAAGUGGAACUGUUCUGGGUCCAGAGACUGUUCUCAUCACAGGCACAGGAAACCUGAAAUGCAGAUACAUCUUUCAGUCUGGACCUUACCUUCUGUGGGGAACAAGACUUGGACCCUAGGACAUUUCCUCAUCAAUGUCUCCAUAGCUCACCAGGACACCUUUUCCUGGCAGAGAAAGGAUAUCACUCAGCUCCUGCAUGGAGCAAAACAAAACAAUGAACUACUGAUAGGUGUCAAAAUGGAUCUGAGCAACCAUUGCCCCUGGGAACGAGCACCUUCUCUCUAUGAACCCUACAUUCUGAUUUAUGCCAAUGAUUCUGCAAUUUCAGAGCCAGAGAGUGUCAUCUCUAGUUUGCAAGGGCACCAUCAUCUUCUGGCGAGGGUCCUUCCCAGGCCGGAAAACCACGUGAGGAGCAGCCUUGGGAAGUGGCGACAAAAACGCUCCACAAACAUCCUCUUGCCAUUGCAGAAUAAUGAGCUUCCAGGAGCCGAGUACCAGUACAAUGAGGAUGAGAGAUGGGAGGACAGAAAACCCUACAGAAGCCUCCAGCCACAGCUGUCAGACAGGGCAAAGAGUAAGAAAAAGCAGAGGAAGAAUCCUCACCAGAAGAGCCAGGCCCUUCAAUUCAAUGAGCAAACGCUGAAGAAGGCGAGGAGGAAGCAGUGGAAUGAGCCCCGGUAUUGCACCCGGCGUUAUCUCAAGGUGGAUUUUGCAGACAUUGGCUGGAACGAGUGGAUUAUUUCCCCAAAAUCCUUUGAUGCCUAUUACUGCUCAGGGGAAUGCCAAUUCCCAAUUUCAAAGGCCUUGAAGCCAUCCAACCAUGCCACCAUCCAGAGCAUAGUGAGAGCCGUUGGUGUCGUCCCAGGCAUUCCUGAGCCUUGCUGCAUUCCCGACAAAAUGUCUUCUCUUAGUAUCUUAUUCUUUGAUGAAAAUAAAAAUGUGGUUCUUAAGGUGUACCCCAACAUGACAGUGGAGUCCUGUGCAUGCAGAUAACGUCUCAGGAGACCCUUUUGAAAUGCUGAGAUGAUCACUUGCUGCUGGGGAGGGCAGAAUGGGCUGGGGAGUGUUUCGCAGUAUGUACUUUUUGUUUGUGCUGCCAGUGCAUUUUGUUUGGACAAAGAGAAAAACAAUGUAAGGAAAUCCAAACACUGAGGAUGGAAAUGGAAUGGCAAUUCCAAGGAAAGAGAACACAGACUUCAUUCAUCUUGAAUUUGACCAAGACACGAGUCUUGGGAAUGGGAACUUACUGUCUCUGUUGAAAUCAAAAGAUGGAAGAGGAAUUUGCAGAAGACUCUUCAAGAUUUUUGAGACUGUCAGAAGGACAUCUUGAUUUAUUUUUGUACAAGGCGCUGGAAGCAGCAGCAGUAGCUCUUGAUUUUUGUCUCUGUUCUUACGGUGACUAAAGGGGAGAGAAAUUCAAAAUAUACUGGUCUGGAUUUUAAAGCUAAGCUUUCUGCCGUAGGUUAUUGAGUAGUGCAGCAAGGAGGAAAAACAAAUCCGAUAUCCUAAGAGCCUUAGGUAUACAGCUUAAGAUGUAUUCGAAUUAAUAUACACUGACUAAAUGUGUGUAUUUGUUUUCCUAGUUCAGCCUGUUAGAUCUUGUUGCCCCCAGUCAGAAGAACAUAAAAUGCAUUAUGGCUGCCUGCACAAUUGGGGUAUCUCAAAAGCACCACAUCUUCCAGAAACCAGAAUUGUCUUCCAUGGUGCUCCAGAAGUGGUGUGCCAAGGGUGUGAAUGUAUCCCACUCAGUGAAGUGGCCGAGGGACUUGUUCUAGAACACAGUUGCAAAUAAUCUGUGAGUAAAUCAUGCCAGGCAAUUCCUGACGUGAAAUUAUUUGGUCCGUAAUUCUUAACCUGUAGGCCUUAGCUACGAUUAUUUGACCAAAAUUGCCUCUGUUUUGAUGGUUACAUGAAUCAGUAGAUGUUUUUUUUUCUUUUUUCCUUAUCUCAGUUCACUUCUCUGAAAAUCAAAUUGUCCAUACUUAUGCUGUCAAUUUAAGGUUUUCUUCUAAAACAUCAUUUGAGAAACUACAACCAGGAAAGAAAACAUCUAAUUGAUCUCAGGCACAGCUGCAAAGAGUUUGUUCUGUUACAGAGUAAAUGCUCACAGAAGUACUUUAGACAGAAUCCCGGUUCUCUUUCCAGCAGCACGAUCUGCUUUUGAAAGCACUUUUGGCUGGUGAGAGCAAUGUUUCAGUUUGCAAUGAGUAAAUGUUAACCAGCGUUUUCCUAAGUUACCAUCAUAACAGACUCUCUGAAAUAGCGUGUUUAGAGGGCAAAUAUUCAGAGGGAAUAAAUCAAUUCUCCAUCACCACGAGAGUUAAAUUCUCUACUUGGGAGUAAGCAAUUCCUCAGUAGAUUGAAAAUGACAACAGGAAAUGCUUUUUUGCAUCUUCACUGCUAUUGGAGGCCAGUUUAAGCACUUCGUCGUUGAUUUCUAUAUGUGGCCACUGGUGCUGUCAUGUUUACUAACCUGAGUAAUAUAAUAUGCAUGUGCAAAACCACGCACUAAGUGUGAAACUGUGUAGGUUCAUUUGAUCCACUUCCAUAUGCAGGAGAAAAGUCAUAUUCUCUGUGCAAAUUGACUUAAAUCUUUGCAAAUAGACUUAAAAACAGGAGGAAAAAAAUCUGUGCUUUUCUUCUGGCUAAGCAGACAGUUGCAGGCAACCACGAGCUUUUCAUAACUGUGUCUUGGUAAUGGAAAAGAACCUGCUUACCUGUCUGUUGCAGGGCUACGUGAGCCGCUGUCUUUAAGGACAGGCAAAAGAAGUGAUGUACACCACAGGCUGCCCUGUGCCACUGGCUAAGCUGGAAGCAGGCCGGGAUUUUCAAUAGUCAUUAGGCCUGGCAAGCAAAACCAGAAGCAGCAGUUUGGAAUAGCUGUUCUUUGUGAGAGCUGCCCAGAUAAGUCCAUCAUUUUUAACAGUUCAGCAUGACAAUGGCUGCUUUUAAAACACAGAAGCUCAAACAGUAAACCAGCUAAGCCUAAUGUUCAGUUUGUAGAGAGCUUGUUGCAAAACAGCUUUUAUAGAGCUUGACAAGGCAACCUCACCUUUGUGCAAUAUGUUCUCUUUGCUCAUGGUGAGCUGGCUGGUUGGUGGUAAGUAGCUGUUACUGCCAAAAUCGUUUCCUUCACAGUGUUUUUGAGGCUCUUGAGGUGUCCUGAGUAGAAAGGUGGGAACUGCUCUGUAGCCCUCAAGGUCUGGAUUUCUCCCCGCAUCACCCAGUGCUAGGAUUACAGAAUGGUCUUUCCUUUAGAGUAGCACCGGACUCCACCUUCCCCAGUGCAGCACAGCCAGAAGAGGCAGCUUUGUGACUCCCCACGGGAGGGCUGGGGAGGACCUUAUCCCACUGCAGAUGAGACUGGUGCUUCAGAGAAGGAUAGUGGGCCCCCCAGGAAAAAGCUGGGGAAAAUGGACCCUGCAAGGUAAGGAGCUUCCCACUCGCUGUAGAUGAAUUGGAGCAGCUGGCUCUUGAGCAGAAGAUGGGGACUGAGCCAAGCCCACCUCAGCCUGUGAAUGGUGUCUGGCAUGAGCAGUGCCAGGAACUGAGCUCCUCAGAGGAAAAUGCAGAGUUCAGAUGUGCCCUGGCCCACCACUUGGAUGGUAGUGGAGUUCCUCAGACCAGAACAGGGUGUUUGCAGCCAAGCUUCCCAACGUCUGAUCUCUGGAGCAGAGGCACUAACUAAAUACAGGUAGUGUAUAUAACUUCGUACUAGUAGGGACUUCAAAACGAUUCCCAACUCUGUUGUUAAUCACCAUUUUCAUCUCAAAUCAGCACGGGGGGUGGGGGAAGCUUUUCCCACAUGUUCUGCUGUUUGAAAUACUGUUCCUCAAUAAAUGGCUCUGCUUCCCAUCUAAUUACAUGGUAUCUGAUGCCUGCAUGUUAUUUUAAUGGCUGGCUCAUAAGAUGGGCAGGAGAAUGUCUCGAACUAUGCAUGGUCUCUCUUCAGAUAGGCUCUUUGGGGAGCAAAGUCCCCAGUGAGGAUCAGACCAUAGGAGACUGCUGCAGAAAGCUCUUGAAAAUCCCACCCUUGGAGGCUGAAUUUGGAAUCUCA